UCAACAGCGCCAACUUCGUUUCAUUAUAGUGCCGAGACGCUCCUCGCUCCCAACGACUCCUGGCCAUUGCAGCGAUGAUAUCCGUGAAUAAACCCAAGCCGUUCUGCAUUAUGUUUGCAUACUGAAUGUGUUUUUUCACGCUCAGUCCAAUGACGUAAGCUCUAAUAUGCUUUUAUAUUGACUGAGAGCAAUAUUCAUCGGCGCGUCAUCGUCAAACGCGCGCGCCCGUACAAAUCCUCAAAACCUGCAGAAAGACACACAGGGAUCGUAUUGUUAGAGAAGCGGAGUGGAGUCCCACACGUGAAUGGUCUCCACUGGAGAGAUGUACAUCUUAUAAAUGCAUGGCACCCACAAUUGUAUCUACACUGGAUAGUGAACAUGCAUUGAAAAAACCUGGAUCUAGCACAGCAAAAUGGAAAAGCACACCCUUUCUGUGCAAUAUAAGUCUGGUGUCAAGCAACAGAUAAUUAAUGAGGGAAUGCCGGAGCUCAGAUUUUCGUGAUACAACCCGUCCUUUGAAAGUCACAGCACAGACGGACACACCAUGGAUGUUCUUUGGGUUUUAUACUCCAUGCUGACUGUAUGUAUGGCCAUCAAUAUGGAAGCUACUGGGAGCCAUAGCAUGUUUACCUGUGAGCCUAUCACAUUAAGGAUGUGUCAGGGUCUCACCUACAAUACCACCUUCAUGCCCAACCUUCUAAAUCACUAUGAUCAGCAGACCGCUGCUCUCGCCAUGGAGCCCUUUCAUCCCAUGGUGAACUUGGAGUGCUCUACUGAAAUACGCCCAUUCCUGUGUGCCCUUUACGCACCCGUGUGUACCGAGUACGGCCGCGUGACCCUGCCAUGUCGGCGCCUGUGCCAGCGUGCCAAGAGCGAUUGCUACAAGCUGAUGGAAAUGUUUGGUGUCAGCUGGCCAGACGAGAUGGAGUGUAGCAGGUUUCCAGACUGUGAGGAGUCUUACCCCCGAGUGAUAGACCUGCUCCCGAGCAGUGACGGAACGGAGGAAUCUCCCUCGUCGGUUCAGCGAGACUACGGCUUCUGGUGUCCACGAGAGCUGAAGAUCGAGCCCGACUUGGGUUACUCCUUCAUGGGUGUGCGCGACUGCUCGCCUCCCUGCCCCAACAUGUACUUCCGCAAAGACGAGCUCAUCUUCGCUCGCUAUUUCAUUGGCGUAGUCUCCAUAGUCUGCCUGUCAGCGACGCUGUUCACCUUCUUGACCUUCCUCAUCGACGUCGGCCGUUUCCGCUACCCCGAGCGGCCCAUCAUCUUCUACGCGGUCUGCUACAUGAUGGUAUCCCUGGUCUUCUUCCUGGGCUUCCUGCUGGAGGAUCGUGUUUCAUGCAACGCAGCAAGUCCCGGCCGUUUCCGCGCCUCCACCGUCACCCAGGGCUCCCACAACAAGGCCUGCACACUGCUUUUCAUGACGCUGUACUUCUUCACCAUGGCAGGAAGCGUUUGGUGGGUCAUUCUCACCAUCACCUGGUUCCUGGCAGCCGUUCCUAAAUGGGGAAGUGAAGCUAUUGAGAAAAAAGCUUUGCUCUUCCACGCAGUGGCUUGGGGCGUCCCGGGAGCUCUUACUAUUACUCUCAUGGCUAUGAACAAAAUCGAGGGUGACAGCAUGAGCGGUGUUUGUUUUGUAGGGCUCUAUGACCUCAUGGCUUUGCGCUGGUUCCUCUUGGUGCCUCUCGCAUUGGAUGUGGUCGUAGGUGUGGUGCUGCUGUUAGCGGGUAUCGCUGCGCUAAACAGGGUCCGGAUGGAGAUUCCCUUAGAGAAGGAGAACCAGGACAAACUAGUGAAGUUCAUGAUCCGGAUCGGCGUGUUCUCCGUCCUGUAUCUGGUGCCUCUGUUGACAGUCAUUGGAUGCUAUCUGUACGAGCAGAGCCAUAGAGCAGUUUGGGAGACCACAUGGGUACAAGAGCGCUGUAGAGAGUAUCACAUCCCCUGUCCGUUUAAGGUUGAACAAACAAGCAGGCCAGAUAUCGCCUUGUUCCUCAUCAAGUACCUGAUGAUGCUGGUAGUGGGAAUACCAUCAGUGUUUUGGGUGGGGAGUAAAAAGACCUGCUUCGAGUGGGCUAGUUUCUUUAACGGGCAUCGCAGGAAAGACAGCGUGGUGAACGAGAGCAGGCAGGUGCUGCAAGAGCCCGACUUCACCCAGCUUCUCCUCAGGGACCCCAACACCCCAGUGGUGAGGAAAUCUAGAGGCACCUCAACACAGGGCACCUCCACCCACGCCUCCUCCACGCACCUCGCCAUGUUGGACGAGCCCCCCAGCGCCAGCACAAGCCGCGCGGGCAGCAUGCGCAGCAAAUCAAGCAGCUUCCACGGGAGCCUGCACCGCUCCAGAGAUGGCAGGUACACAGCUUGCAGUUAUCGCGGCGGAGAGGAACGUCUCCCUCACGGGAGCACCCUGCGCCUUAACGAUCCGCUCCAGCACUGCGGCGUCAACCGUCUCGACAGCCAUUCGCGGCACGGCAGCCUGCAACGCCUGGAGAGCCAAUCGCGGCACAGCAGCGUGCGAGACCUCACCAUCACAGCACAGGCCAUCCAAAGCAGCCCUGGCAACGGCAUUCACCGCGUCGUAGAGGAGGAUGCGACCAAGGCGUGAACUUUAACGUGGCAGCAAAUAGAGACCAAAUGAGUAAAGAGAACACAGACUCUUUGGCACAAAUUCCUCAUGAUGGAUGGCACAAAUACAAAAGCUCAGUGUGCCAUGUGUGUUCCCUGGGAAUUGAACCCAUGACCUUGCAGGUGCGAGCAUCUUGUGCUAAUAGUUGAGCUACAUGAACAAAAUGGACUUCUUGAAUUCACUUGAAGACACUUGAAAUCUUUUGAUGUACGCUACCAGUCAAACGUUUUUGAACAGUAAGAUUUUUAAUGUUUUUUAAAGAAGUCUCUUCUGCUCACCAAGCCUGCAUUUGUUUGAUCCAAUGUACAGCAAAAAUGGUAAAAAUUUGAAAUAUUUUUACUAUUUAAAAUAUCUGUUUUCUAUUUGAAUAUAUUUUAAAAUGUAAUUUAUUCCUGUGGUUUCAAAGUUGAUUUUUUUAGCAUCAUUUAUUAUGCUCCAGUCUUCAGUGUCACAUGAUCCUUCAGAAAUCAUUCUAACAUUUAUUAUUAAUAUUAUCAAUAUUUAAAACAGUGGAGUACAUUUUUUCAGGAUUCUUUGAUGAAUAGAAAGAUCCAAACAUCAGCAUUUAUCUGAAAUAAAAAGCUUUUGUAACAUUAUACACUAUACCACUCAAAAGCGUAAAGUCAGUAUAAUUUUUUAGAAUGAUUUCUGAAGGAUCAUGUGACUGGAGUAAUGAUGCUAAAAAUUCAGCUUUUAAGUAACAAGAAUAAAUUACAUUUUAAAAUAUAUUCAAAUAGAAAACAGUUAUUUUAAACAGUAAAAAAUAUUUCAAAAUUGUACUGUUUUCGCUGUACUUCGGAUCAAAUAAAUGCAGGCUUGGUGAGCAGAAGAGACUUCUUUAAAAUAAUAUAAAAUCUUACUGUUCAAAAACUUUUGACUGGUAGUGUACACUACCGUUCAAAAGUUUGUGGUCAGUACUUUUUUUAAGAAAAUGAUUUUUCAUUCAAAGAUGAAUUGUAUCAGUCAAAAAUGAUAGUAAAUAGUACAAAAUCUUACAGACCUCACACUUUUGAACCGUAGUCUUUGUAUGUAUGGUUAUCUCUUCUCAAGUAAAAUCUGUGUGGAAUCUCUUACUAAAGGGUUCCUACAUUAACAGGGUCAAACGUAAGGGCUUUUGAUACGUCAUCAUUCUGUGAUGUGUUAAGGCACUUGCUGUUUUAUACUCUAAUGAUUUAAGCUUUCUGAGUUGUUCCACUACAAAUGUGGUUUUGAAUGUUCCUUUCCAUUGUUUGUUGCACUUUUGACCGUUUUGUAGAACAGAACUAGUGAUGAAAACUGACAUCUCAAUACAUUUGGGUUCACCCAAAAAUGAACAUUUUGGCAUCAUUUACUCACCUUUGGGACAUUUCAAACUUGUAUGAUUUUCUCUUUCCUGUGGAGGACAAAAAAGAGGUUUACCAGAAUGUACAAGCUUCUCUUUUCUACAAAAUAAUAGUCAAGAGUGACCAAGGGCUGUAAAGCUACAAAAAUGACAAAUCAUUUUUCAGUCAAUAAUUGUUUCCAAUGUCAAGUGUCAAUCGUUUCCAGUGCCAAUGUCCUAAAAUUGAAGGUGAGAAAAUGAAAUAUUUUCAUGUGUGACCCUGGACCACAAAACCAGUCAUAACCAGUAAUGUUUUGAUAUAUGACAAUAUUUGGCCGAGAUACAGCUUUUUGAAAACUUUGGCAUCUGAGGGUGCAAAAACUGUACAUGUUGAGAAAAUCGCCUUUAAGGUUGUCCAAAUGAAGGUCGUAGCAAUGCAUAUUACCAAUCAGAAAUUACAUUCUGAUAUAUUUACAGUAGGAAAUUUACAAUAUAUCUUCAUGGAACAUGAUCUUGACUUAAUAUCCACUGAUUUUUGGCAAACAUUGAUCAUUUUGACCCAUACAAUGUAUUUUGGGCUAUUGCUACAAAUAUACCCACGCUACUUACCACUGGUUUUGUGGUCCAGGGUCACAUUUCUAUGUGAAACAUCCCUUUGAAAAGCAUGAAGAGCUAAAUUAAAAAAACAUAAAAUUAAAAAAAAAAAUCAUAAUAAUCAUCAGUCAUUUUAGAAUAGAUAUCGUAGGCAUUUUUCGAAUGAAAAUUGGCAUAUCUUUUACAAACAAGCUCUUCUCUGUUGAGUUUUAGCACUAAUUAUUAGUCGUCAUUUUUGUGACAUUUACCGAAAAC